AAAUUCCCUUAAAUUAAAUAAAUUAAAUGUACUAGUAGUAACAGAAAAUUGCGGUUUGAUCUUUUCCUCCGUUCCGUGGCGCAGGCUGCAAAAGCAACCAACGCCACGCCAUCUCGCCGCCUCUAACCAUCUAUCUCCUCCCUCUUUCUCUCUCCUCCACAAGCCACCAACCGCCGUAAGACCGUCGUCCUCUCUCUCUCUCUCCUCCCUCGCGUCGCGUCGCGUCUCGCUAAAUACCACUGCACCCACGGGUAGGUUCCCGUGGACUCUCUCGUCCGAUCGGCGAGGAGGCGGAGAGGAUCGGAGCACAUGCGGGAGCGCGGCGAGGAGGAGGUGGAGGAGGAUGAGGCGCGGCCGCGGCCGGGGUGCGGGGGAGGGGAGGCGGCGGGGCAGGCGGCGGCGAACUGCGCGGCGGUGUGCUGCUGCUGCCCGCUGGCGCUGCUGGAGAUCCUGCUGCUCGUCACCGUCAGGCUCCCCGCGGGCGUCAUGCGGCGGGUGAUGAGGCGGCGGCGGCGGCGGCAGCGGCGUCGCAAGAGCCGAAGCGGAGGAGGAGGAGGCGGUGGUGGUGGUGGUGAAGGAGGACCGUCGUCGCCGUCGGGGAGCGCCAAGGCGAUGAUCGCGGCCGCGUCGGCGUUCGAUAUGAUGGACGACGAGGCGGCGGCGGCGGCGGCGGCGGCGUCAUCAGCGCGCGGCGAAACGGACGCGGACGCGGAGCUGGAGCUCGAGAUCAUGCGCUCCCGGUUCUACAGCGGCGGCUUCUGGCGCAGCCCUUCCUCCGGCUCCAGCUCCUGCGCCUCCUCCCUUCGCCGGUAGCAUCGCCACCACCGCCGCCGACUCGCCGCCGCGCCGCCUCGCCGCACGUGCUGAUCACCCAAGGUGAUCUGCCGCACGCACGUGUGCAAGUGCAACGCAGGAUUAGUUUUGUCAUGUGAGCUCGAUGCGAUUUUGGCAUCAAACUUUAGCUUAGGAUUGGAUUUGCAAGCGGAAGCGGGAGAAAUUUUGUGCAGUGCUCCGCUCGAUUGCUUGGUCGAUUGACCAUUGCGCGCGUGCGUGCGUGCGAUUUGGGGGGUGGACCACUUCUGAGCCUUCGUCCAGAUUGCCCCCCAGGUUUCGCCUCUGUCUUUUUCUGUACUAGCAGCAAACGCUGAAACUCGUGGCAAUGCUUUGGAUUCAACAUAUUGGCCAAACAAUAUACAGGCAAUUCAGUACAGUUGUUGACUA